GGAUUCAGCGCAUGCACAAUAGCAGUUCCCGCCAAAACGCCGAAGGAAGAUUCGAGAGUUGCGUAGUAAGCGAGUGAGUGAGUCGGCUAUCUUACACCUGCGUAGUUAUAGACUCAAACUUGCUUAGGCCGGUCAGCAUUGACGGAUCAAAACAAAUACAAGUCAGUUUUAAGUGAAAAAUUUGGCUCCAAAUCGCAAAAAGCCUUAAAUAAAAUAAUUACUCGGUUAAUUAAGUGACAAAUCACUUGUAGUAACAAUGAGUCGACGCAAGCGAGCGAAAGUUGAAUACAGAGAAAUGGAGGAAAAAUACAACCAAGUUGAAGAUGAAAAUGCAUCGGAUACUUCUGAUAAGUCCAAGACGGGAAUGGGAACACCGGAGAAGAAGAGCUUCAACGAGGCUCCAAAAGUUGCUGAGCCGGUUCCAGCUCCAGCUGCUGCUCCGGUCCAACCUGCUCCGAAAGUCGACGUCAAGGACGAGGAAGAGCAGGACAGCGACCACGAAGAUCCUCAUGUCAAAGAACUUUUAAAUGGAUUGGAAGGCGCGGCAUUUCAAAGCAGGCUACCGUUUGACAAGCUGACAUCGACGGAAGCUGUUUGCUUCCCGGAUGUCUCUGCAGGACCUCCGCAGACUCAGAAAGUCUUUUUGCAUAUCAGAAAUCGCUUGCUUCAACUGUGGCUGGAGAAUCCUAAGCAGCAGUUGGUGAUCGAAAACGCUCUUCCAGCGAUAGAGGCGCCUUACAACAGUGAUCCAGUGCUGACUCGUCGCAUCCAUGCGUUCUUGGAGAGACAUGGUUUCAUAAAUUUUGGAGUUUUUAAGCGGUUGAAGCCGAUUCCUGAGAAAAAGAUUGGAAAGGUUGUGAUCAUUGGUGCUGGAAUUGCUGGACUGGCUGCUGCACAGCAGAUGCAACAGUUUGGAAUUGAAGUUAUUGUCCUGGAGGCUAGGGACCGUGUAGGAGGAAGGAUUGCUACAUUUCGUAAAGGGUCUUACAUCGCUGAUCUUGGAGCCAUGGUCGUUACUGGACUGGGUGGUAAUCCUGUGACCACUCUCAGCAAGCAAUUUAGUAUGGAGUUGCACAAAAUAAGGCAAAAGUGUCCUUUAUAUGAGAGUGACGGUCAAACGGUACCAAAAGAUAAAGACGAAAUGGUAGAGAGAGAAUUCAACCGUUUGUUAGAAGCGACAUCAUAUCUCUCACACCAAUUAGACUUUAAUUAUAUCGGCGGUGCGAGUACUACAGGACAACCUGGUAAUACAAAGCCGGUGUCAUUAGGACAGGCUCUAGAGUGGGUAAUUAGAUUACAAGAGCAAGGAGUUAAACAACGUCAAGUAUCUCAUUUACGUUCGGUUUUGUCUCUGCAAGGCAGACUCCUCGCUAAUCAACAACGGAUGAUUUCCAUCAAAGAAAGACUCGCUGAGCUUAACAAACACCACAAAGAAAUGUCUGAACGCAAGCCUCAAGUGCAUGACAUUACCCACGAGUUUGUGCUUCGCUCUAAAAUGCGCGACCUGCAUUACGCUUGCAAGGAAUGGGAUCAACUUGCUGAGCAGCAGAAGGAAAUAGAAGCUAAAUUACAAGAGCUCGAGGCUUCGCCACCUAGUGACGUGUAUUUAUCAUCAAAGGAUCGUCAAAUUCUGGAUUGGCACUUCGCGAACUUGGAGUUUGCAAACGCAACAUCGCUUUCGAACCUGAGCUUGAAGCACUGGGACCAGGACGACGACUUCGAGUUUACAGGCAGUCAUCUAACCGUGAGGAAUGGGUACUCCUGCGUGCCAGUCGCGCUUUCCGAGGGCCUCGACAUCCGUCUCAACACCGCCGUCCGAAUUGUAAGGUAUAACGAAAAUGGCGUCGAGGUUUGGGCAGCGCCAUCUCGAAGUCCGCACACAAAUGUCACUGUCCACAAAGCCGACGCAGUUUUGGUGACCUUGCCCUUGGGGGUCUUGAAGGCUUCUACUCCGCCCUCUGCGGUCACUUUUGAUCCGCCAUUGCCUGACUGGAAGACUCAGGCCAUUCAGAGACUCGGAUUUGGAAAUUUGAAUAAGGUGGUGCUGUGUUUCGAGCGAAUUUUUUGGGACCCAACGGCGAAUCUGUUCGGGCACGUUGGCAGCACAACGGCCUCCCGCGGCGAGCUAUUUCUGUUCUGGAACUUGUACAAGGCACCCGUUCUCCUGGCUCUGGUAGCAGGCGAGGCCGCCUGCGUUAUGGAAAAUGUCAGCGACGACGUUAUUGUCGGUCGCUGCAUUGCUGUGCUGAAGGGUAUAUUUGGUAACCAAGUAGUGCCUCAACCACGAGAGAGCGUCGUGACAAGAUGGCGCGCGGACCCAUGGGCUCGUGGGUCUUACAGUUUCGUCGCAGUUGGUAGUUCAGGAAGCGACUAUGAUCUUCUUGCUGCGCCUGUAGCGCCACCUCCACCAUCGAAUCAACCUUCUGGAGCGCCACAACCUCUUCCACGUGUCUUUUUUGCUGGCGAGCACACAAUCAGAAACUACCCAGCAACAGUCCACGGUGCCUUUCUGAGCGGAUUGCGCGAGGGAGGAAGAAUCGCGGACCAGCUCUGUGGAAGCCCUUAUGCGCCGCCAAAUACACCAACAUCUUCAGCAAACACACCACCAAGUGCAUCAACCACCGCUUCAUAACAAUUAGAUCUUGAUAAAAGCUCUUAGGUUAACUUUUGCUCCCUAAUUUUUAUUAAAACUUUUUCAUUAUUUUCCAUCAAAGUUCGCUUUUAUUUUAAAUUUGUUGCAAGCUUUAUAGAAUCCGAAACAAACUUGCAACAAUGCUUCAUGUAGAUUUAACAGGUUCUAUGUAACAUGAUUGAUCAAUAACAACAACAAAUAUAUCAAAACAACAAACUAAAGCUACACCAGAUUUAAUUAUUUGUACUGAAUUUGUUUGCUUCCGAAUAAAAAUAAAUAAA